AAACAGCUAGCGUAUUUUAAAAGAACCUAAGACGAAAGUCCACCGUCUUUCUUGUUGAAAGUCUUCGUAUUCACAUCGCCGUGAAUUUGCGAAUUCAGCGGAAGAUCUUUUUACAGAAAUGCUAAAUGGAUGUUUCUCAAGCAAGGCCUUGGAAUAUCCAUUUUUAGCCGUCGCUUCCGUCGAGAUUUCGAACCCUCUGAAGAAUCAUGACGCAAUACGAGAAAAUGGUGGUUAGCGUUGAGAAGAGAUACGUCAUAAGACACCGACCGCAACGAUCCCUCGAAGAAAGCAAUCAUUGGUCUUUUUAUCGAAAGGUUUUUGGAACAUUGCUUGUUGCUGGCUUACUUUUCCAUGUAACAUCUGCAAAGCCUACAAAUCCUUGCAAGAAAAGCCAACACUGGGUUGAAAAUGCAGAUGGUCCACCACAGUGUAUAGACUGUCAGGCUUGCCCUCCAGGCCAGACUAUCUCACCAGAAUGUGGAAAUUCAAAACCAUUAACACCUGAUACAACAGUGUUCUGUGUUCCAUGCCAACUGGGAAAGUCAUUUUCCAGUGAAUUUAGCACAUCUGUCUGCAUUCCUUGUUCAUCUUGCUCCAAGGACCAGGUGGUGAUGAAAAACUGCUCACGUCAAGCAGACAUUGAAUGUGGAAAGAGAUGUUACAGCAAAGACAGGUAUUAUGAUGAAUCCAAAGGAGAUUGUCUUAAAUGUUCCAAGUGCUGCAAUGAUGAUCGAGAUGUGGUGGAGAGUGAAUGUAUAGAAAAGUUGGGAUCUCAAUCAAGCAUGAUCUGCUCUUUCCACAGCAGUGUCAAUAGAUGCAAUAUUAAAUCAACCCCAAAAUUUGUACCUCAGUCUACCACUGAAUCAAGUCAGAGUUCAGCUGCCACUACAUCAAGUCACAUAGUCGCUGUAGCCUUAACUAAUACCAGUGCCAAUGUGGGUUACAGAUUAGAAAAUAUAACCCAUUCUGGGGUUUAUAGUCGGUUUGCUUCUAAAAGCAAGGAUUGCAAUGACUCUUGUAAAUCAAUUACAGUCACUGUGGUGGUACUGUUUCUGGUAAUUGUGGGUGGAAUUUACCUAACAUGGUUUUGCAAGUCACGGUCACCAACGCAUAGUUGUGUUGAUCCAGAUGGGGGAACACAUAAGAAGAAAAGUACCAAAGUUCAUUAUAAUUCUGGAUUAGCAGCAGUUGAAUUAUGUGAACCACUGUUAGAGGGUGAUGGAAAGGUGUGUACAAGCGCUUGCCACAAUGCAGAACAGUUGGUGAAGUCAGAUUCUAAGCCAAUAGGAAGCUUAUUGGACUCAAGUGAACUGGAAACAAUUUGCGAACUUUUAGACACACCCAUUGGUGGAAAACUGGCCUAUGAGAUAAUUGCUCGUUUUUAUGGUGCCAAUUACUUCAAAAUAAAAGCAAGGUUUCAGGAUCAAAAAUCAAAAGCAGUGAUUGAAUGGUUGGCAACUGAAAGGCCAGAACUGACAGUUUGGGAGUUUGCUAAUGUGGUGAGGAGAGAAGCUGGGAGAACUGAUGUUGCUAAUCGGUUGAAAGCAUUUGAUGCAAAGGCCACCAAAGAAUUAACUGAUGUGUGAAAUAUGUAUAUAGUGUUUAUUUGACAUCACUCACCUCAAUAGUUGACCACAAACUUUAUUUGAUUUUUGUAGAGAUUAAGUUGAAAACGUGCAUGUGAUUGCUUAGUGACUGUAAAAACAUAUACUACAGAGAUGUAUGUUUGCUAAGAAUGUGAGAGUGCUCAGAUUCUCUUCCCCAGGACCCCUUAACACAAGCCCCCACUUACCAAAGUGGCCUGUUAGGCAGAACAAAAUUUGCCUCCAUUUUGAAGGAAAAAUCUCAGCCUGGUUUCAAACUCAGCUGAGAUUUAAGCACUGUUACAUAACGUUGUUCACUUGAGAAAUUUCAUUGUUGUUAUUGUGUUAUUGUGACGUGAUUGUUUGAAGUUUCAUCCCAUUAACUGAGGUGUAAUUGUUGAUAUGAGGUAAUUGGUGCUGCAACAAUUAUCGUUCAUAGUUAUGAAAUGAAUUAACGUGUCCAUCUAGUGACGGAGAUGAAACUAUUCUGUACACUGCUAAAACAGCUCUAUUUGUAUAACGAACUCAGUAAUUUUUGGAACGAUUUUUUAAAUUUUAAUUUCCCAUCAUAUCAAGGAAAUACUUUUUGGUCUAUUUUUAUACUAAAAGAUUUAUUUUUUAAGAGUUAUUUUUUUUAUUUCUUAAUUUAGUUCUAUUUUUUUAAAUUAUAAAUUUAUGAUCUGAUCUGUUUAUGUUAUGUAUCUUGGAGGUCAAGCACCAUUUACAGUCACUGCGGUAUUGAAGAGUGUAUCUUUUAUGCAGGCUUGAAUAGAUUUGUACAUGUUUAAAGUGUCUAUGUUGUCAAGUGUAUUAAACGUGCCCUAUCUUAUGGAUAUUGUCUAUGGAAAAAACCUUAGCCUAAUUAUUACUUUAGUCUUUUAUGUCCAAUCUUUAAACAAACGCUGUGAAGGUUUUGAAGUUCGAAUCUCCCAUCAGAAUGGAGAAACCUCACAGCCAAGUUAUUUUACCUAGAAUUUUUAGAUCUUUUUUUAAGGUGAAGAACACCAAAAAUUUUUUGUAUUGUUUUAGAAUGUGUAAAUAUAUAGGUUACCAUAUUCAAAUUUUUGUCGUUUUUACUAAUUGAAGAUAAUUUUUAAAGUAGCAGGUUUUCAAUUGAACUUUACAUUUUGAUUAUCAGAUGUUAAAUGAAUACAAUCUUUUGUAUUCAUUCCUCCAUAAAUUGUAUGUAUUUAUGCGUUCAUUAUAUCUUUAAUAGCCAGCCAUUUUCAUGCACCGAAUGUACCUGUAGAAAUAAGUAGAUGAAGACUUGUAGCGGUUUAAGUCUUUUUAACUAGAUGAUCACCUGGUGUCAGUUCACUUGGCACAUCUGUGUAAGUCAACGAUGGUGUAUAUAUCAUUUACUUUUAAUAAAAUAUUCUUAUUUUAUGAAUUA